AUGCCCAAAAAAAUCGUCAUCAUUGGCGCUGGGUUUGCCGGCGUCUGGAGUGCACUCUCCGCUAAACGACUAGCAAACCUCACAAAGAAUGAGAACACUGUUGAGGUCUUGGUCAUCGCCCCGGAACCAUCCUUGGUUAUUCGCCCACGACUCUAUGAGGCCAAAGCGUCCAGCAUGACCCAUGCUGUUGGUGCUCUUUUCCAAGCGGCAGGAAUAAAGUACCUCCGGGGAUGCGCAGAUAUCAUUCAUACUGAGAAGCACACCAUCAAAGUCCAAUCUGCUGAUGGCAUGGAAUCAACCAUCAACUACGACCGUCUCAUUUUGGCAGCUGGGAGUCGUUUGGUACAACCCGAUGGAAUCAAAGGGAUCAAGCAACAUGCUUUUGAUAUUGAUUCUCUAGCCUCUGCUACCAAGCUCGAGAUCCAUCUCGAGAACCUGUCUUCGCUUCCAGCAAGCCCUGCUCGUGAUACCAUCGUGGUGUGCGGUGCUGGGUUUACGGGAAUCGAACUCGCAACCGAACUACCCAAGCGCCUGGGACAUGUCGCAAAUCAUCAGAUUAUUCUAGUUGGGAAUGCAGACCAGGUUGGUCCUGCGCUGGGACCGGGCCCUCGUCCCGUUAUCAUGCAAGCUUUGAAAGACCUCGGGAUUGAACUUAAACUCGGUUCUGCAGUCACAUCAAUCGAUGCGGAUGGAGUAACGCUUGCAUCUGGCGAGCACAUCGAAACAAAUACCUGCAUAUGGACCGCUGGUGUGCAGGCUACACCCCUAACACAACAAAUCCCCGGCGACAAAGAUGGCCUGUCCCGUCUUCGUGUCGACAAGUAUCUCCGCGUUCCAUCGGUUAGGCAUGUUUAUGCCACAGGCGACGCUGCCUGUGCUCUCGCCGAUGAAGAGGGUCACUACGCCUUGAUGUCCUGCCAGCAUGCACUCUCACUUGGCCGUGUGUCUGGCCACAACGCUGCCGCCGAUCUUCUCGGUGAGCCGAUGACUGAGUACGUGCAGGCGACAUACAACUGCUGUCUGGAUCUCGGGGCUUGGGGUACUGUGAUUUCCCAGGGUUGGAAUCUAGAGGUCAAAAUUACUGGGGAUUUGGCGAAGAAGAUUAAGUGCUAUAUCAAUCAGAAGCUGAUCUAUCCACCGAUCGAGGCCAAAGAGGCGCUUGAACUGGCUAACCCAGUUGGACCUGAUUCGGAUCAGCUGUUUGAGCAGAUGCUGCAAGCUGUCGCAUAA